AGAUAAACAGAAAGAGGUAGCGGCAGUGUCAGGGCAAAGACAGACGUAGAUGAAGACGAAGUCGUGGACGAGCAGGCAGAAGUCCAGUUGAACAUCUGACUGCGUGCCACACAGGUCGAUCCUCCAGUAGCUCUAGAAGAAGAAGAAGAAGCUGGGAGACAGAAGAUACAGUAUUAUAGGAUAUCUGAGGGUCAAAGACAAGAGAUCAUUACCAAAGGAAAGAGAAGUGCCUUUUUGUCAAGUUACCAACUUUUGACAGCAGUAACACUGAAGUCCUGACCAUGAGAAGUGUGCGUGUGUGUUUCUGCCUGGCUCUGCUGCUGCCUUGGUGUGUCCAGAGCCAGAGGAGCCGUCCAACUCUUGCUAAACUUGACGAAGACACACAGAGGGAGGUGUUGGCUGUGGACAUCCUAAACCGCAGCGGUGUGUUGAAUUCAUUGCUCCGAUCAGAACAUCACACUGUGCUUCGGCGAGAACGAGCCCCGCGCCCAGCCUCCCAGGUGCCAAAAAGAGCCCCGCAGGGGUCCCGCUUCGCCCUCUCCCUUGAUGUUCCCACCAGCAUCCUUAGUGUCCUCAUAGACCUGGCCAAGAACCAGGACAUGAGAACCAAGGCAGCAGCCAAUGCAGAAUUGAUGGCACGAAUAGGCAAGAGGAAAUAAGAAGCGGGGCUCCUGGGAGCUGUCAGCGGCUCGAUGGAUGAAAUCUCACCUCACAGAGGAGUUAACUUCUUACAUUGUGGCACCGGCACAUGGUUAGAAACAAUGUUAGUUCAGGUAAAACAUUAAUUACGGUCAGUAUCUGUCCUUUAGAGCUUAGAUCUGCUUUACUUUUAUACUUGUAUUAUAUGAUUAUAUUACCUCGUUCUAGACCCUAACCACUUCAUUGACUGACUCUUGAAACAGAAGUAAAUAGAAAGAAUGAUGUAAAAACAUAAACAAAAAAGGACACUGCAAACAAUGCCAAACAAAGUAAGAUGAAGCUGGUCUUUUGUCUCAAAGAUUAUUCACCUCAGAAGCUGUGAUCAGGUUCUGAAAUCUGUUUCUUGUGUUUGCAUGUGUAAUCUUGAAUUCAAAGAAAAGGUUGUUCAAUUAAAUCCAAUAUGAUAAUCAUA